UAGCGGAAAGUUAAAGUAUUAUCGCGGCGCUGUUGUACGCAUAGACUGUACGUAGUGAUUCAUUCAUAUGGAAACAUAUUGAAAGCUCUCAAGUUUGUGUAUUAAUGAGAUUAGCUAGUCACUCUUGGAGCCCUGCGGAUACACAGGCACGCGCCUCGCGUGCACCCCAUAGGAGAGAGUGUUCCAGGCUCCGACUCUCUUGCCUAGGUUUGCUUCUCUGUGAACUCAAGGAAGUGAUAACAAGUCUCCGCCCCUCUGAAUGUCAAACUGUGCUGGCAAUAGAGUCCAGGGUCUGUUGUUGUGUCCUCCCCACUCCUGCGCUGCAGCUGGUCUCCUCUCUUAACUCCUCUCUCGCUUGUUUACUCUUGUCUUAGCAGCAAAAAUGGCCACAGCUGGUAAAGUCAUCAAGUGCAAGGCAGCAGUGGCCUGGGAGCCUAACAAGCCUUUGGUGAUUGAGGAGAUUGAGGUUGCUCCGCCCCAGGACGACGAGGUCCGCAUCAAGAUUGUGGCAACUGCGGUGUGUCACACAGACCUGUACCACCUUUUUGAGAGUAUGCCUAAAGAAGGCUUCCCAGCAGUCCUCGGCCACGAGGCAGCUGGGAUCGUAGAGAGCGUCGGGGCAGGAGUCACUGAAUAUCAGCCAGGAGACAAGGUUAUCCCUCUAUUCAUCGGCCAGUGUAGAGAAUGUCGCUUCUGUAAGAGUCCAAAGACCAACCAGUGUGACAAAGGAUGGUUGCCUCCCCCAGACAGGUUUACCUGUAAGGGGAAGAAGUUGCUGCAGUUUGUGGGGACCAGUACCUUCUCUGAGUACACUGUGGUUAACCAGAUGGCUGUGGCUAAGAUCGACCCCACUGCUCCACUAGAUAAAGUCUGUCUCAUCGGCUGUGGGAUCUGCACAGGAUACGGAGCAGCAGUUAAUACUGCUAAGGUGGAACCGGGCUCCACAUGUGCUGUGUUCGGCCUGGGAGCUGUGGGUUUGGCUGCAGUCAUGGGCUGCAAGGCUGCAGGAGCCAAGAGGAUCAUCGCUGUUGACAUCAAUCCAGAGAAGUAUGAGAAGGCCAAGGUGUUUGGUGCAACUGACUUUGUGAACCCCAAGGAUCAUAGUAAACCCAUCAGUGAAGUGCUGUCUGAGAUGACUGAUGGAGGAGUGGACUACUCUCUGGAAUGUGUUGGGAAUGUGGAAGUCAUGCGCAGUGCCUUGGAGUCUUGUGUGAAAGGUUGGGGUGUCAGCGUCAUUGUUGGCUGGACAGAAUUAGAAGACUUUUCUGCCCGACCCGUUCAGCUCAUUGCUGGACGCACAUGGAAGGGCUCUGUGUUUGGAGGCUUUAAGGGUCGGGAUGCCGUGCUUCAGAUGGUUAAAGACUACCUGGACAAGAAGGUGAUGGUAGAUGAGUUCAUCACUCACAACAUGACUUUGGACCAGGUCAAUGAUGCCAUUGAACUGAUGAAACAUGGCAAAUGCAUCCGGACAGUCCUGACGGUUUCUCCACAAUAAGACCACUGUGUUGUUUUCAGUGAUCCCAAAGUAAUCAAAUAAUUUACCACUUAGUCCAUGGUCUCAGGCCAGAACUUUCACCAAUAGGUACCACCCAAGGUAGCAAACUCUAGUUUGGUGUUUUUAAAAAGUCUAUAUAUUGAUCCUAUUCUCGUGAAGAAGAAUUCCUCAAAGGAAUUUCUUCAAAUUUGGCACAAAGGUCUACUUGAAUUUUACAAUGAACUGAUUAGAGUUGGGUGGUCAAAUAUCAAGGUCACUUCUACCUUGUCUGUAUUAUUAUUGUGAACUCAACAUCUCAAGAAUGCCAUAAAGGAAUUUCCCUUAAAUUUGGCAAAAACAUCCACUUGGACUCCAGGAUGCACUCAUUAGAUUUCGAUGUUUGAAGGUCAAAGGUCAAAGUCACUGUGACCACACAAGACAUGGUUUUAGUUAUAAACUAGAAUUAUGUAUGGCUUCUGUAGAUCUUGAUGGCUCAAACAAUACUAAGAGUCAUAGCCUCUCAUGUCCCUGAGUUGCCUGAGAUACUGACUUCUGUUUUCUGAAGCGAGAUCAUAUCUGGUGACUGCUCCAGUUGUCAGGCUAAAACCCUUUGUUCCUGCAUCAGUCUGGGUGUCCCUGCUUACAGUCUCCUCAAUUGUUUGGUCUAGUUUCUAAUGAGAUUGUUUGUGCUCAGCUGGACAGAAAAAACACCCUCAACAAAGUGUACAUGAGCACCAGGCUGAUCAACCUCCAGGCAGGACAUUUGAGCAUGGCAGUAUGUAAGAUCUCUGGUAUAGUUAAGUUUUUCAUAAGCAAAACCCCACAGACUGAUGUCUCUCCUUACUGCAAGACGCUUUUAUAAGGAAAAGAAGUAUCAUUGUGUUUUUGUUGCCUUAUAAUGAGCCCUUUGAAAGGAGUAGGUCCUCUUCCAUGGAGCCCACCAUGUUGCACCACAUCUAGCCCAGAGCAGAUCAGCUCAAAGCCUGUUUAUAUUCUUUGUAUGAAUAUAAAUGUUAUAGUCUAUGUAUGUGUACUUUUGUGUGAUUCAAACUAAAUUGCUGCACAUAUUGUACUUAAGCUCUUACUAUAGACUGUGAGCAAACCUCUUGUGCAGAAACUGCAGGGCAAUAAUUGUAAAAACCAUUAUUGUCCCCCAAAAAUUAGUAAAGCCAGUAAUUUGAAAUGGCUGUCAAGUUUCAAAGUUUUAUAUGGACCCAACAAAUAAACUAGUUGCAAAGAGAUUUUGCCACCUCAGAUGGUGCCAAAAAUUUGACCUGGCCCAUGAACUAACAGUAUUAUACAAAUACUCAAAUUAUGCCCACUAUGAAUAACUGACCUUAAACACUCAACACAAAAUCAAGUCAAAUCCAAUCAAGUUGAUUUAUAUAACACAUUUAAAAACAAAAGCAGUUGACCAAAGUGCUGUACAAAAUAAAAGAAGUACGCGUAAAUAAAUAGCAAUAUAAAAUGUACACAAAGAUAAAACAGAAUAAAACUGGUGAGAACAAUUACGUACGUAAAAAAAAAUCUAAAAUACUAAGAUAUUAAAACCACUACAAACAACCAAAAGCCAUUGAAAACUUAUGUUUUAAGAUUUGUCUUAAAGGUGUCAAUGGAAGGGAAACGUUUGAUUGUGAGUGGGAGGCUAUACUAAAGCUUUGCAGCAGCUACCGCAAAGGCACGAUCUCCCUUACCCACCAGCCUCAAUCGUGGGACAGUAAAAGACAUUGUUUGGGGGAUCUAAGAAUUCUGGAGUUGGAGUAGGGGCAGAGAAGUUCAGCUAUAUACUGGGGUGCCAGCCCAUGUAUGGCUUUAAAGACAAAUAAAAGAACCUUAAAAUCAAUCCUGUAUUUGAUAGGUAGCCAGUGCAGCGGAUUAUGUGUAGAUUGUGAGAAUCAUCUGCAGUGUUUAGUUAGGAAAAGCUAAACAUGUCAGGUAUAUAUAUGUCACAAUAAAUGGUCUUAACAAA